UGUCAGAGAGGAGAAGGCUGGACAAGGACCUCUCUGAAUACUCUAAUCUCAUUGUCGGCCUACGGUCGGAGUUAGCGCUGCUUGGCUGCCACAUCAUGAAGAUUUCCCUGGACAUGUCCUUCCAGGUUACAGGACCGGGAUGGAGGCGCCGGACGAUGCCAGAAACACCUGGAUAUAGAGGGGACCGACCAGAGGCAACAACAGAGUCACCAGUGACUCAUCAGUUCCAGUUAUGGAUUCUAUAGAUUUGCUUUGCCAUAAGUGAAAACAACCCUUUCAGCUACAAAUAGCUCUUCUGCACCAGCGGUAACAGAUGCCUAGCAGAAAUAUAAGACCCUGACCCUCAGCAGUGGGCACGCCAUCUUUCCCUCUGCAAAGCAGAACAAGCAGUGCGAGAGAAAGCAGGGGAGAGGGAGGGAGCUGCUGCUGCUUCUUCUGACUUGGAACUGUCUAAGUCUGGAUGUCCCUCGCUUUAAGGAGAACCCCACGAGACUGUAACCCUGCGGAUUAGAAGCCCCCCAGCAGCUGCCAUGGAUGAAGCUAUCCACAGUUUGCAGGAGAGACAGUUACUGGAGCACAGAGAUUUCCUGGGAAUGGAUUACCCCUCCUUAUACCUGUGCAAACCCAAGAGGGGGAUCAAGAGAGACGACAGCAAGGAGACCUACAAACUGCCUCACCGACUCAUUGAGAAAAAGAGGAGAGACCGGAUAAAUGAAUGUAUCGCGCAGCUCAAAGACCUUCUGCCGGAACAUCUCAAACUCACGACGUUGGGGCACUUGGAGAAGGCAGUGGUGCUGGAGUUAACUUUGAAACACUUGAAAGGUUUAACGUCCCUGACGGAGCAGCAGCACCAGAAGAUCAUCUCAUUACAGAACGGAGAACGUUCCAUGAAAACUCCCAUCCAGACCGAUCUGGACGCUUUCCAUUCCGGCUUUCAGACAUGUGCCAAAGAAGUUCUGCAGUACCUUUCCCGAUUUGAGAGCUGGUCGGGCCGGGACCAGAGGUGUACCCAGCUCCUCAACCAUCUCCAUACCGUGUCCAGCCAGAUCCUGCCCAGUUCUCAGCUCCUGUUACAGCAGAUCCCCAGCAGCAAAGCACCUUCAUCGUCCCCUUCCCGAGGGGUUCAAAAGGUUGAGAACCAAACAAACUGUGUGCCCGUCAUUCAGAGGACUCAAAAUCUGGAACUGAGUGAGAAUGACACUGAUACUGACAGUGGGUACGGGGGCGAGGGGGAGAAGAUGGACACCAAAGCUGAAGGACAGAGUGGGGGAAAGGGCCAAGAGGCCAACAAUGUGACUGUCAAACAGGAGCCUGUGGAUGAACCAUCACCUAAAAGGUUUAAGGCGGAAUGCUCGGGGUUGGGGGGGUCAGCUGCGAGCUCGGAUCCCAUUCUAAGACCUGAUGCCAACCUUCUCAACACCUUGAUGGGAUUUGGAAGUGGUCCUUUUGGUCAACAAGCACCUUUCUGUUUACCCUUUUAUUUUAUCUCGCCCUCGGCGGCAGCUGCAGCGGCGGCAUAUAUGCCUUUUCUAGACAAGGGGGGCUUGGAAAAAUACCUGUACCCUACAUCUGCCCCGAUCCCCUUCAUCUACCCAGGAAUCCCAACCCAGGCAGGAAGCACGUUCCCAUGCCUCUCCUCCGUCUUGUCCCCCGAAAAGAUGGCCGGCUGCUCUUCAACCCUCCUAUCAGAGCUCCCAUCAUCACCUUUCCAGACUGGUGGUCCUACAUCCCUGGCCGCCGAAGAGCUUCGGGAGCCUUUACAAGACCUUUUGCAGCCUCCUAAGGAGAACUGAUUGUAAGAACACUGGGAAUUCGAGCAAAAAAUAAUCUAUUUACUUAUCUAUAUAUGUGUAUAAGGAGCCUCUCAUUUUUGUAGCAAGUAAUGAAGUAUCUUACUGGAUCAACAUUAGGGUUGUAUACUGAUGGGACUAACCAUGGCUGCUUUAAUUUAACUCACAAAGUGCUGGUGUAGCCGAGCGGAGGUUGUGGACCUCCAUGUGGAAGGCAUGUAAGUGUGGAUAUACUUUUAGCAUGACCUCCGACUCUCCCCCCCCCCCCUCCCCCUCCUCUUCCUGGUUAAAGAAGAUCCGAAAAGUUUACAAAAAAAAAAAAUUCCUGUUGACUCCUUGUAUUUCUUAUGAGACGGGUCGGACAGGUUUAUCCUAUAUAGGACGUAUAGAGAUGACUCUCUUCUAGCGAGACAAGUGGCAAAUCCAAAAAAUAACAAACUCUUAGAGAAAUACACAUGAGUAUUUACUAUAUAUAGAAUAUUCUAAGAUGGCCCGAUAUAGGUGAAAAAUAGCAACUUUUUAAUAUGAAAUUUUGAAAAAAAAAUUCUAAAAUGUCUUUGUUUUAUACAAACUUUUUAUUAAUUUUUUUGGUUAAUAUAAUCUGCUGUUAUCACGCACUUAAAGGGGCACUCCGGUGGAAUUAUUUAUUUAUUUUUUAAACCAACUGGUGCCAGAAAGUUAAACAGAUUUGUAAAUGACUUCUAUUAAAAAAAUCUUUACCCUUCCAGUACUUUUUAGCAGCUGUAUGCUACAGAGAAAAUUCUUUUCUUUUUGAAUUUAUUUUUUGUCUUGUCCACAGUGCUCUCUGCUGACACCUCUGUCCGUGUCAGGAACUGUCCAGAGCAGCAUAGGUUUGCUAUGGGGAUUUUCUCGUUCCUGAUACGGGCAUCAGGUGUCAGCAGGUGUGGACAAGACAAAUAAGAAAUCCAAAAAGAAAAUAAUUUCCUCUGUAGCACGCAGCUGCUAAAAAGUACUGGAAGGGUGAAGAUUUUAAAUAGAAGUGAUUUACAAAUCUGUUUAACUUUCUGGGACCAGUUAAUAAAAAAAAAAGAAAAAAAAAUGUUUUCCCCCCCAAAAAAAUGAGUACCACUUUAACAAUUUGAGGCAAAUUUUUUAUUAUUAACUAAUGGAAUUCUACAGUCGACAAUCAUACGUGGCCGGGAGUUUCCCCUGUGCCGGGUACAAUAGAUGCCCGCCGAGCAGCGCGUGCAUAAUGGGCAAUUAUUUUAUGCCGUAACCUGUUAUAUAAGAGAGGUGUAAUUAUACCUUGUUUGGCCGAGAGAGAGAAUAUUGUGUUCUCAGUUCUCCUUUCACCGAAAUAGGUUCAGACAAUAAAUUAUGUAAUCGGCCUCUUACGUGGAUUAUUUAAUUGGGCACAAAUAAACACGCCUCGGCCCAUGUGACCUGCCUACUACGUCCUACUACGUCUCCUUCCCAAUCACCCACAGCAGUCCACAGCCAUCUCUAUGGAAUGUUAAUGUUGGUCUUGUUUCCAUGGGUUUGGGGAUGGGGUGGGCUGAUGAAAUUUUUGCAAUUUUUGAAAAAAAAAAAAGAAAAAAAAACUUUUUUUUAUUUGUUUCGCUGUAAAAACAAAAGCCUGAAUUGUGUAAAGAAAAAAAAAUAUUCUAAAAUGUUAAAUAUCCCUCCAUUGAAAACUUUUUGAAACUUUUUUUUUUUUUUUCUUUUGCUGGAGUGAGUUAAAAAGAAAAUGUUAACAAAAAAAAAAAUCUCUUUGCUGUAUUUCGGUAUUUUUUUUUCUCAUGUUGGGCUUUAAUGCGGUUUUUAUUGUAGACACUCUGGUUUCUAGUUGCACUUUAAUUUUAACCGGUUUCUUAAGUUCCACUUGAUAAACUUGCACUUGACGUCUUGACGAAAUUCUUCUUCUUUCUUCUCGAUACUUGAAAAAUGGAGUUUAAAAAAAAAUGUAUCCAUGUAAAUGGUCAAAAAAACAAAACACAAACAUCGGUAGCACUUUAGGGGUUGACUGGCCGCGAAUGGGGUGAUGUUCGUCUGAUCGUGUCUCUCUUGAAUGGAAUGAAAAAAAGUGCGAAUCCCCGAUCCUGUUUUUUUUUUAUUUUUCCUUAUUUUUCUUUAUUUUUUAUUAAUUAAUAUAUAUUUGCUCAAAAACUAAAAAAAAGUGCACUGAAAUAAAAAAAAUAUAUAUUUAUUUGUGGUUUAAAAAAAAUUCAAAAAGUUAUUACUGAAUUGAUAAACUGGAAGGUGGAGAAGAGAAGAGCUCCGCCUGUUGGUAAUGGGGAAGGACUACAGGUCCCAGUCUCCACCAACCCUUAUACUGGAGUCUGAAGUAUUUUUGUCUGUUAACCUCUUGUUCACUGGAGACAAUGGUGUGAUAGAAACCAUUCCACCGAGCAGUGUUUUUGUGAUAUACAUUGCAGGGAAGUGUUUAUUCUUGCCCCAAAUAAAAGCCCCUCGUGGGAGGGCACGCUGAAUGUCAAUGUGGUGCUGAGCACCUGUUUACUGGACUCUGCCUCUUUAAAUAAAGUUUUUGUUUUUAAAUGGAGUUUAUACAUAUAUACUUUUUUCUUGUUGUUGUCGUUAUCGACAAACCCGUCUCUCCCAAAAUGUGGCCAAAACCAAUACAGCUGAAUUACUUGGCUCCUUCCCUCUGUAUUUGUUUCCUCAUGGGAGGGUUUAACCCCAUGUGACCUCUCUGUAUCCAAUCAAAUCCUAUUCCUUUAUGCUUCAGAUGUAAAAGAGCAAUUCCAGUCAUCAAUGAAAAGUCCCAAUAUUAUAUUCUUGCCCAUAUAGGGCAGUAUUGUAGUAGUUUUUGUCCAUAGGGGGCAGUAUUAUGAUCAUAGCAAGCAGUUAUAUGGAAGUCCACAAGGGGCAGUAUCAUGGUUGUUAUUUUUUAACCAUAGGGCUCAGUAUUAUGGUACUUAUAUUAUUGUCCAUAGGGGCAGUAUUAUAGUAGUUAUAUUGUUGCACAUAGGGGGCAAAUAUAAGAUAGUUAUGGUAUUGCCCACAAGGGGCAGUAUUAUGGUUGACAUUUUCUUUACCCAUGGGGGUGGGCAGAUCAUGGUAAUUAUUUUUUGACCCGAGGGUUUCGGGCAUAAGGUAAAGUGGAAGUAAAGAGAAUAUAAAAGGUGUGCUGUAUACUGAGGCAUGAUGGGGUUGAAUUUCCGAAAUAAACUUAAGACUGGAAUUGCUCUUUAUAUCUGUCCUAUAGACCCUCUUUGGCCCUUGUACCCCUCGCCCCAUUUAUAUGAUGUCAAACCUCUUACUGUAUAUCCUGGACCAUGUGGUUCUUCAGAUACUAUAUGGAGGUGCUAAGGUACUGACUGCCUUAAAACGUCUACCGCUCUACAAACUUUUUAUGUUCCCCUUUUAGUUUGUUUUGGGACCACAAGUCCCAGCAUGCCUUGUUUUCCCAGCUUUAGGUGAAUAGACGUCCUCAUAGAUAGACCUGUCACCCUGUUCGCUUUUACUUUUUUUUCUCCCAAAAACAUUUCUUUACAGAAUCUGCUGAAAUUAGAAUUUUUUUUUUUUUACAAGUUUAAUGUAGCGAAAUCCUGAAGGUCACCAGACAGCGGCGAUAAAUACGGAGGAAGCGUCUUCUUUUUAAAUAGGACUUAAAGAAGACCUUGUCUAGAUAUUUAUAGGUUGUUGCCAAGGUAGCACUGUGAGAUAUCACACUUCAUUGUUAUGUAAGAGGUGAGAUGCGACAGAGAGUGACUAAGGGUGAAUAAUCCCCAGGUUUGGGUUUAUUUUCGUUUUUUUUUACUGCUGUUUCGCCUCAAACGCUGUGUUUAAACAACGUUCUACAAACUUUACGAGCCAACGCCGUGGCGGAUUUUUUUCUUCUUCUUGUAAAUAGAUGUGAAAUACAUCCGAAAUGACUGAUGUCUGAUGAGCUAUUUUUGUAAAAGGGGUAAAAACUUUUUUUUUUUUCUGCGAUUUAUUCUAUGUUAUUUGGAAGGAUUUGCAGGAACAGAAGUUGUACUUUUGUUGCGAUGCUUUUGCUUGGUCUAUACUGUGUGCUGCCAUAAAUUAUUGAAAUAAAAUUUAAAAAUAAAAUAAAAACAAGUGACAA